AUGGAAGGCUCUCGAGACGGGACGAGUCCGAUAAGGGCGGUCAGCGCCGUGAGGGAGGAGGCCGGCUCCCGCGAGGGCAGCCCUCUGCGCCGCCAGGGCGCCAUCAAGAGGCACGACUCUCCGCACCUCACCGCAAACGCGCGGCGCAAGAGGCGGCGUGUCGGCCGCCGGGAGAGCGACAGUGGAAGCCCUUCGGACAGUGGCGACGCGGGCACCUCGGACGGCAGGGGGCGCGGCGACAGCUCCGAGAGUCCGCCGGGAGAAGCGGUCGACCUGCAGGAAAGUCGAGAGCCCACCGGACAGCUGCGCACGGCCGCGCCAAGUCGGGCCGCACUGCGACCUUCCGAGUUGGGGCUGAGGAGAGCUUCGUCGCAGACGACGUUGGGUUCGCCGAGGUGUGCCGAAGCGAGUGCAGAGCGCAGCCCCAGCGCCGAGCCGGCGGCCGCCACUGGCGACGAGUUCCUCCGAAACUUCCGGGAGAGCAGGCGCCAGUCGGCAGCCGGCAUCAGUCCCGAAGUGGCGGAGCGUGACAGACGGGAGAGUCAGCUCAGCUCCAACUACGGCAACGCCUGGGACCUGCGCGGCGUCGGCAAGGAGUCCGAAGCCGAGGAGAAUGCCGGCGACGCACCCGAAGCACUCACGGUGACUCCUCCCUCGCCUCGGGAGAGGGUCGAAGCGGAGGAUUCUACGUACGAGCACGCGUUCUUCUUUCCCGGAGACGUCUGGAGUGCCUCGGAGGUGGAAGAGCGGUCGAGGGCAGAGAUGUACGCACCGGAGACGCCUCCGGACGCCGCCGAGGAAGCGCGCCCAGGACUGAGCCCGCGCGGCGACGACAGUUCCGAGAAGAACGGCUCCGGGUUCCUGUCGGUGCUGAGGGCGUACCGGCGCAGCCUGUCGAGAGAGGCCAGCCCGCUGGAGGCGCUCGCGGGCAGGGUGCUGCACCGCCGCGGCCGCUCCGCCUCGGGUGACGCGAGGGGCGCGGGCGAGCAGGGCCGCCGCCACAGGGACUCCAGGUCGCUGCUGGACGUCGUGCGCCACAUCGCCAAGAGCAGGACGCCGCCGCCCGCCCACGCGCUCCUGGACUCGGCAGGCGGCGGCGCGGAGGCGCGGCGGCGGUCGCGCUCGCCCUUCCUGGCCAUCCUCGGGGGCGGCGCGGGCCGCGACAGCCGCCGCGGGCCGGCGCCGCCGCCUCCGCCUCCGCCGCCGCGCAGGAGCAGGUCCACGUGCGACGCCCCCAGCGUCGCGGCGGCUCCCCGCGCUCCGCGGCGCUCCUCCAGCGCGCGGCCGGUGCCCGCGCAGGUGACCGCGGCCGCCCAGCUCACGGCCGCCGUGCGUCGUCGCCGGCGCCGCCUCGUCUCCAGCAGCGACUCCAGCACCUCCAGCUCCAGCGCUAGCGUCACCAGCAGCAGCGCCCCCGCCGCCCCCUCCAGCAGCUCCGACGGCGGCGCCACCUGGAGGCGGCGCGGCACAACCGGCAGGUCCUACUCCGAUGCGAGCGGUAGCAGAGGUGAGUUGCGGCUUUAUCCGACUUAG